CUGCAAGGUAGAGAGAGAGAGAGGUGAUGACGUUGGGUGCUGAGUUGCGGCCAGUUUAUGCGUAAUCUGCCAGUUCAGUCACUGGUAUAGCGGUGAGAGCCAGUGGCGAAAAAGGAAAGGAUGGCAUCCGAUGAGUAUGGUGAGCCUGCAAAAUAUGACCCUAGUUUUAAGGGUCCCAUUAAGAAACGGAGCUGCACUGAUAUAAUCUGCUGUGUUCUCUUCAUGGUAUUUUUACUUGGCUACAUGGUAGUGGGAAUCCUAGCUUGGUUAUAUGGUGACCCUCGCCAGGUUAUAUACCCACGCAAUUCUACAGGAAUGUACUGUGGAAUUGGGGAAAAUCAGGGAAAACCCAAUGUGCUGUAUUAUGACCUGCUGAAAUGCAUCACCGGCACAAACAUCCUGGCUGCAGCAAUGAAUGGCUUGCAGUGUCCCACCACACAGGUCUGUGUUGCUAAUUGUCCUGCAGACUUUAAAUGGGCAAAGCCUGGAAGCACUCCAGCUGAUGUAUAUCUCCAGGAAUAUUGCCAGCCGAGUAUUAAUCUGACCAACACAGCACUUACUGUGGCAGAAAUUGCAGCUAGGGAGCUGUGUCCUGUGUUCCUUGUUCCUUCAGCUUCAUUCUUUAACAGGUGUUUCCCAGGUUCUAAUCUCAGCUUUCCUUCUAAUUUCGCCAUUAAUGGCUUAUCCGUGAAUCAGUCAAAAGACAGCAUCAGUAAAGCUGCUGGUCAAAUUUUAGAUUCCUUCAAUUUCCAGAAUGUUGGGAAAAAAAUAUUUGAAGAUUUUGCCAAAUCUUGGCCCUGGAUUAUCACAGCACUGGUUAUUGCAAUGGUGGUCAGCCUUCUCUUCCUGAUCCUGCUGCGUUUCACAGCUGGAAUCCUGGUCUGGGUGCUUAUCGUCGGUGUCAUUGGGGUUAUUGGAUAUGGGAUAUACCAUUGCUACAUGGAGUAUGAUACUCUGAACAAGCAAGGGGAAACAGUUGCAAAUGUGGGUUUCACUUUUAACCUUGGCGUUUACUUCAGAGUGAAAGAAACCUGGCUGGCGAUAUUAAUUGUCCUGGCUGUGAUUGAAGCAAUCCUUCUGUUAGUCUUGCUUUUCUUACGGAAGAGGAUCCUCAUAGCCAUCGCACUGAUUAAGGAAGCCAGCAAAGCAAUUGGGCACAUAAUGUCCUCUCUCUUCUAUCCUCUUGUCACAUUUGUGCUGCUCAUUGUCUGUGUAGCGUACUGGGGAAUGACCGCACUAUACCUCGCUACCUCUGGGGCUCCAUUAUAUCGAAUCUCAACAGUAAACACAAGUGUCCCAGGAUGUGAAAAUAUUACAGGAAAUGAAACUUGUAAUCCCAUGACAUUUUCAAAUGCCAGCACUUCUUGCAAAGAAGCUCGCUGUAUUUUCUACAGAUACAAUAACGAAGGACUCUUCCAAACCAAUCUCUUUAACCUGCAAAUUUAUAAUGUAAUCGGUUUCCUGUGGUGCAUUAAUUUUGUCAUUGCUCUGGGACAGUGCGUCCUGGCUGGGACCUUUGCAUCUUAUUACUGGGCUUUCCACAAACCCAAAGAUAUCCCAUUUUUCCCAGUGGCUGAAUCCUUCAUGCGUACCCUGCGGUAUCAUACUGGCUCUUUGGCAUUUGGCGCUCUCAUCCUCACCAUUGUUCAGCUAAUCCGAAUAAUACUGGAAUACCUGGACCAUAAACUUAAAGGGGCCCAGAAUCCUUGUACACGUUUCCUACUUUGCUGCCUGAAAUGCUGCUUCUGGUGCUUGGAAAAAUUCAUCAAAUUCCUAAAUCGCAAUGCAUAUAUUAUGAUUGCUGUUUAUGGGAAAAAUUUCUGCGUUUCUGCUAAAAAUGCUUUUAAGCUUCUAAUGCGAAACAUUGUAAGGGUGGUUGUCCUGGAUAAAGUCACUGAUUUGCUCAUAUUCUUUGGGAAGCUUAUCGUUGUUGGAGGAGUAGGUGUAUUGGCAUUCUUCUUUUUCUCUGGCCGGAUUCCAAUUCCAAAUCCUGCAUUUCAGUCCCCAGCGUUAAACUAUUACUGGAUUCCUAUUCUUACAGUGGUUAUUGGGUCAUACAUGAUUUCUCAUGGUUUCUUUAGCGUUUACAACAUGUGUGUGGACACCCUGUUCCUAUGUUUCUUGGAAGAUUUAGAGCGUAAUGAUGGGUCACCAGAGAAGCCAUAUUACAUGUCAAAAUCCCUCAUGUCUAUUUUAAACAAGAAAAAUCGCCCACCCAAGUCUGAGGAGAAGACAAAGAAAAAGUAACCUUGUUACCUCCAUUAUCAUUUCAUGAUUAUUUCCGUUCCUAAUGAAAGAGAAAUGUCCUGAAUGGACUUCAUUUCCUGGAUGUCUGUGUUUGCUGUCUGCAUAUAGAUUUCAGUACUUGUCACCAGUGCCAGGUGACCAGUUGGUUUACAAUUUAUGUAAACUUCCCUCUAAAUGUAAAAAACCUCACGCAGUGCGAGAGAGAUGGAUACACUUUUUAUGACCUCAUUUCCUGUGAGAAAGCAUUAGGGUAGGCAAUAUGAAUUCUACUAUCCUGCUAUGCUAUACAGAAUAUUAACUUCCAAUAGAGUAUUUAAAGAGGAUGACAAUAAUUUAUUACAGAAUCAUUUAAAGAAAAAAAAAAAUUCUUUGUAUUGAUUUCCCAACAGCCAUUUUGUGCCUUGGAGAUUUUUAACGUAAUUGUUUUUUUUAUCUCUAUUCUGUUACACUUCCUUUAGUUUUUACAGUUAUCACUUUCAUUUUCUUCCUGUGGAAUAUUAUCUGGUUUCCAUAGAACCAUUUAACCACUUUCUUGCCACAGAAUGUAGAAUCUACAGUGCCGGCUGUGAAGGACCUGACAUGUAGCUGCUCACACUGCCUUUCUAGCUCACCUUAAAAAUUAAGCCAGUGGAUUUAACCCUUCCUUAUGAUCUGAAGGAAUUUGUGAUACUGGGAUAAUGGAACAACAUUUGUCAGCAUGAAAAGGCAUCUUGAAAAAUAGCCAAAUAUGGAGGAGUUUCUUAUAGCCAUAACUAUGAUUAAUUGCACUUUAAUGUGUAGAUAUUGUGUACAUUUUUAUAUAGAUAUCUGCUAUUUUGUAUCUGCUAAUAUUCACUUUCAUACUUGAAAUAAUAAAUCAACCUGAAUGCUUAAUAAAGGUCUUAUUAUUAAAGUGUA